AUGGAGAGAGAGGCUGCUAGUGCCGCCGCAGCUACUGCUACCGCAGAAGCAACCGCCGCCGCUGCCGAUGCGUUUAACCGCCCCGUAGCCGAAGCAUUCGUCUAUAGCGAUAAUAGUCCGGACAAUGCUUCAGAUAAGGAUGUAGCCACUCCGAUUAAGGAGACUACUUCUGCAGAGAGGGCCCGAGGGCCAACGAUUGCCUCAACUUCGAAGCUCGCAUUUUCGAAGCCAAGAAGAGAGACAAGGGACAUGUCUCAGGACGCCCCAACCAAUUCUUCGGAUGAAACUCAGAAAGAAAAGCCCCCAAUUAUAGGGGACAAAGACGAAUCUCAGAAGAUACCUGCACCGGAACCAGAAGAGGAGGCAAGCUCAAGUGGCAAACCCGAAUCUAUGUCCGAAACCACUGAGCCAACGCGCAUAAGUAAGUUUACGACUGAAAACGCUGAUCUUAAGAAUCAGCUAGCCGCUCUUAAGAAAGGCAUGACUGUUGAACAUGUAGAUCGAAUGUAUGGAUCAGGAAAGCACUCACAGCACUUAUGCGAGCACGUUUCUCCCGGCACUACUGAAGCCCUACAGAAGUGGACAGAACAUCGACAGGCGAUUACGCCCGAAAAGCGUAAGGACCUGAGCACCAAAUGUAUGGCAGUAGACCCAGAUGUACUCAGCGUAUCUAUACCUUACGAGGAACUACCACCGGAAGUCCAGGACCUUGCUUCGCCCGUACUUUCGCCCGGCCAUGAGUCGCCUGUCCUUGAAGGUAUUGUAGACCCAGAGGCAGGUAGAAACACUCCGCCGCCUCUACCAGAUUGGGGAGAACCUCGCCGUCGGGAACCAGUUAAAACUGGAUAUGUCGUCCAUAAGGCAAUACCACCCGAACUCCUAAGGCCAACACCUAUCCCAGGAACCGAGCACAGACAGGCCUCGACGAUAGAUUUUACACGGGGUAAUAAGAACCCUCGUAGACGUAUUAACGACGUUGAAUUUAAUCGUUUCGAUCGCACCGCUGUGCACCAACCCGCAGAAGAUUUCCUCUCUGAUGAGGUGGCCGAACUUAAUAAAGCGGUCGACUUCUACACCAAAGAUAUAGAAAUCGCUCAUGGAGAGCAUCGUGAAGAAGAUGUGUCGUAUUAUGCUAAUAUAACAGCGAUCAAGCAGAAGCGCAUCGAUCAGCUACUUCAAGCCCAACGUGGACAAGACCACCGGGACAACCAGAAGUACAAGGGACAGAUCAGUCGACUUAAGUCGAACUGGGAUGCCAACAGCAAGCAGGUCAAAUUCAUAAAUAACCAUGACCUCGACACGCUAACCCUUAUUGAUCCUGCAGAGACAUCCCUAUUAAGCAAGGACAUGCGUAGUCCUGGACUGAGUUCAAUUCUAACUGAACCAGUCGAGAAUACACCUAUUCAGAGUUACAUUCUGAAACUCGAUGCAGAUCUGAAGCGUCCCGAUAUAGCAAAGGACAAGGCUCAGAAAUGGUACGAGUUCCUGGCUAAGCAUGUGUUUUGCAAGAACAUAGGGAACAACGACCGAGAGAGUCUGUACACUGAGUUGCGACGUAAUUGCGCCACUGAGGCACGAGACAAGGGACAUGAAACAAAGUUCCAUCUGUCUCGACUUAAGUGGGAACAGUUUUAUGAUACUGUAUCCACUCUUUACCCCGCACACCGAAUAUUCUCGAAGGGAAAGGCGGUAAAUAGUAAACCGCGCGAGCUUCGUGAUCAAAGAUACCUCUCACGCCAGACGUCCGAUGAUAAGCCUCAUCAGACGUGUCCUAACCAGACACGUGCACGCGACUCCGCGGAACCAAAGGAUAAGGAACCUCCAUAUAAGGAGAUUAAGAAAUGUGCCGACACCCAGUGUGGGUAUGACAUGUACCAAUUGAUCCCUAACGGUUAUUGGAAAGAAAGGCAUGCACCCAACUGUACACACUUCCUUGCGAGGUGCGAUAAGUGUGAGAAGACCGAUGGCUAUCACGCCACGUCUUGUGACACGAAACCCGACAUUAAGUUGGAGUGA